UUCAAAUAUUACAUUAAGUGAUAAAAAAAUCUUGAAUAUGAAUAUUUGUGGUUAAAUUCCAUUCUAAUGUGUGACUUAAAAUGAAAAAUAAAUCAUGAUAAGAAAUGAAAAAUCAACUUAAAAUGUUAUAAUAACUGAAGAUGAUGAAUGUGAUUUUUAUUCUAAAUCGCAUGAUUAUGCUAAAAAUGAUCUUAAACUAAUAAAUGAAAACAACCCUUUUGCAGGAGUGAUAUUAAAAAUUUAAGGUGUAGAAGACGAUUAGAAUCUAGAACUAUUAUUAAUUUGUAGUAAUUCAGAUCAAUUUGAAAUUUCAACAACUUGUGAAUAAGAUUAUUGUAUAUAACAUAAUAGUGUUUGUCCAAUUCUAGUAACUAAUCCAAUAAUGAAAUUUUAUCAAUAUUUAUAUAUACCUUUAGGUGUAAUUUUUAUACUCUUAGGAAUUGUAUUAAUAAUUUUUGGAUUCUAAUUUUUGAGAUUGACAACUGUUUUUUUAGCUUUCAUGAUAGGAACAGCAAUUUAUACAAUUGUAUUGGGAGAGGGAGUUUUGGAUUAAGAUUCUAGUAGUUUUGCAAUAAUAAUAAUAUUGUGUUCAGGAAUAGGAGUUGGUAUUAUUUAUGCAAACACUACUUAUGUGAGAUACUUGCUUGUAAAAAAUAGAUAAUAAUUUUAAUUAGGGAGUAUUUAAUAUAGGUCUUGUAUUUGGAGUGGUAGUUACUCUCUUAAUGGAACCAUUAUUUUUACACUUAUUCAAUAGUCAUCCAAUGUAUUUAACUAUGACAUUAAUAAUGUUGAUUUCAGGAUUGAUUUUUGGUUUUUUAGCUUGUAAAUUUUUAAAUAUUUUUGGAAUUGGAACUACAGCUUUAACGGGAGUAUAAUAAAAUAUUUAAAAUAGAGUUAUUUAUUUAUUAAACCAAUAGGAUGGUUUGCUGGGGGAUAUCCAAAUGAAAUGUAUUUAGUAAAGAGGACAUUUUAUGGAUUUGAUAAAUAAAUAAAUUUUAGAUUCUACUUGUAUUUUUCAUCAAUAAUGGUUUUAACAAUAGGAAGUGUAUUCUUUUAAUAUAGAUAAUUGAGAAAGAGGAUGAGUAUGGAUGAAAUGUUUGCAUAUAAAGAUAUGGAUUAUUAUGAAAUGGGAAAUAUAGAAAAAGGAAAAAAAUCAGAAGUUAAAGGAUUUGCAGAUGAUACUGAAGUAUUAAUUAUCUUUAAAUUAAGGUUGUUAUGCAAUCUGUACAAUUUGUUAAAAAAUUAAGUGAAAAAGGUUAGAGAAAGAGUGAUUCAAGUGAAGAGAAUUAGUGA